UCCGAAACUGAUACCGAAGUUAUCGCCAAGCUCACACAGCACAUUCAUGAUCUAUUCCCGAAUUUCUCGUUCCGACAGCUUGUCGAGGUGGUCAUCCAGCAACUGGAAGGAGCUUUCGCGCUGGCGUUCAAAUCGUCGCGAUUCCCUGGUCAGCUGGUAGCUACGCGGCGUGGUUCACCCCUGCUGGUCCAAUUUAUGCUAUUGAAAACAUUAAAGCCUUACUCGAUUGUCAUAAAUGGUCGCGGUGGGAUGCGACGCAUUAACAAGUAA